AAUCAGCAGACCAGUGGUUCUCUUCCGUGUAAACAUGGCCGAUGGUGAGACGUCAACAGAGCAGCCGAAACUUCGGUUCUGCAGUGAAAUAUUAAGCCCGUCGGAGCUGUUCCAGGCGCGGACGCGGAGCCACAAACUUCCGCUGCGCGGCCAGAAGGACUUCCUGCCCAUGGAGUCUCCACGGCAACAGGAGCGUCUGGAGCAGAGUCUGCAGGAACACUGGAGCCUAGUGGCCGAGGAGCGCGUGGAGAGAUCGGGGAGUCUGGUGAAGGCCGUGUGGAUCCCAGAUGAUGGUACCGUGGAGCUGCAAACACCAGCAGGGAAGUUCUGGCAGACCAUGGGGUACGCUGCACACGGGAAACAAUAUCUUCUGCCAGAGGAGGCGCUCUACCUCAUGGAGUGUGGGAACCUGCAGGUGUUCCACCACAAGCUGCCGUUGUCUAUCGAGGAGGCCUACGAGAAGCUCCUGUCCUCCGAGCACGUCAGCCUGCAGCAGUAUCAGGUGUUUGGGCAUCUGAAGAGGCUGGGCUACGUGGUCAACAGAUUUGACCCCAGUAUUGUCCAGUCUAUGUACGAGCGUCAGCUGAACCUGCCGCAGACGCGGGAUCGCCAUGGAGCCCACCUGAAGAGAAAACGCAGCCCGAGCCCCGCCCACAGGCACACGGGCAGUCCAACCAGCCCCCCCUCAGAGAGACCAACCGGCCCCCCCUCUUCAGAGAGACUUGACCCCCCCGCCAACCCCCCCUCAGAGAGAGCAACCACCCUCCCCUCAGAGAGAGCAGUAGAGGACAAGAGAGUGGACCCCCCCGGUGACCCCCCCUCAGAGAGCGCCGUGCAGGAGGGGUUCUCGGCCCCUGACCCCCCCCAGAGGCAGGAGCAGAGCCCCGGGUCGGGCAGGUCCUGGUGGACGAGGGAGUCCCGGUUCUCCGAGACGACGGCGGUGCCGGGCUUGCAGGAGGCGGAGCAACAGAACCCCUCCCCCUCCCCCUCCCCCUCCCCCUCCUCCCCCUCCCCCGCCGCCUCCUCCGCCGCCGCUCGCUGGGACUUUGGGAAGAUCCACUUCCCCAACCUGGGCUCCUCCCGCGCCUCCCGCGCGUCUCCCCUGGGUCCCCCGGACCCCCGGCUGCUGCCCGGGGCGCUGCAGGUGGGCAGCAGGUGCGACGUCGCCCCCUGGCUGCGGAGGCUGAACACGCGGGCCGAGCACCUGUCCAGGCGCGAGCGCGAGCGGCAGCGGGAGCGAGACCGUUACCGUAGGGACGUGAACGACGACCGCGACGUGCGCCGGUGCAGGAACUGGGCGGAGUACCAGCAGCUGCUGGACAGGAAGAGGAGGAGUCGACGUCACCGUGGCGACAGGCCGGCACACCUGUGGGAGGGCGUGGUCACACCGCUCUCACAACCAGGCCACGCCUCCUCUCACGGUGAUUUGCUCAACCAGAUCGGGGUGAUUCAGUCGUCACGGCUACUGGACGAUGCCAUCAGUUUGAGUAUCCCGCCACAAUGGAAGAUCAGUUUCGAUGUUUACCAGCCCGACACAGUGGCUGACUACAAGAAGAGCAACCCCGGCAAACCUUACACACGCAUGUGUGUCUGCAGUUUUGAGGGUCCAGUGCCUGAUCUUCAGGUGGUGAAGAGCUUGUCCCUCCAGAGUGGGCAGGUGUCCGUGACCUUUGCAGUGGUGGAUCACGGAGACAUCUCCUUCUACUGCUUCAAGGACUUCACACUGCCUGUGGACGUGUGCCGCUGAACACACACACACACACACACACACACACACACACACACACACACAGGCUUCUCCUUCUACUGCUUCAAGGACUUUACUCUGCCUGUGGACGUGUGCUGCUGAACACACACACACACACACACACACACACACACACACACACACACACACACACACAGGCUUCUCCUUCUACUGCUUCAAGGACUUUACUCUGCCUGUGGACGUGUGCCGCUGAACACACACACACACACACACACACACACACACACACACACAGGCUUCUCCUUCUACUGCUUCAAGGACUUUACUCUACCUGUGGACGUGUGCCGCUGAACACACACACACGACCGCACACACACACAUGACCACACUCACACACACACACACACACACACACGCACACACACACAACCGCACACACACACACACACACAACAGCACACACACACAUGACCACACUCACACACACACACAUGACCACACUCACACACACACAUACAACCGCACACACACACAUGACCACACUCACACACAUGCACACACACACACAGACACACACAUAGUCAAUGCCAAAUGCACGCAUGCACACGUGUACAUCUCAUUGGUUGCCAUAUAUAUAUUCUCAGGGUUACGCAUCACUUGUGUGUGUGUGCACUGGCAAACAGGUGUGGCACACAUCAGCACUGUGAGCUCUGAAACACACACACACACACACACACUCAUACGCAUCGCUUGUGUGUGUGUUUGUGCUGGCAGGCAGGUGUGGCAGGCUUCAGCACUGUGAGCUCUGAACUCGUGCCGAUCCGAAUCAGGUCACCAGGAACACCUGAGCAGUCUGAUCAAUGUAAACGCAAACACACACACACACACACACACACACACACACACACACACACACACACACACACAC